AAAAAAACCACAAACAAACCAUCAUCUUCAGUUUUUAGAGGAUAAAGAAACAAUGUUGUACGUACAUUCGUACAAAUGUACAUCCGUACAAACGAAGUGCUGCAGACGUCUGUCUCUGUCAUUUGCUACAAAAUGUGCGUCAUACCCAAAUUCAAGAAAUUUUUGGGUAACACUAUCAGAUCCCUCACCUAAAUUUGAUAAAGGCUCAGAAUCAGUGAGAUUAAACACCAGACACAUCAAGAUAACUUCAGCUAUUCGUGCUAUAUAACGCUGCACGCUCUAUUUCCGAAGUUUGGUGUCUCGAUGGUCUUUUGAGGCCAUGCUAGUGAGUAACCGUAGUGCUGUCGCCCUCCUGUGUACACAGCAGCACUACUCGCUCCCUUGCACGCUGCUUGACCGUUUGUUUCCCUUGCAAGGCGGCGCUAGCUGUUUCCGAAAAAGGUGGAGGGGGGAGAGGGGCACAAGGGAUUUCGAUGUUUAACCCUAUGGCAUCCAGAAAUUUGUUCUCCCGGCAAAACAAUUGUUGUUUCGGGGGGCAUUAGCUGUUUGCAGAGGCCAUUUCCGUCUUUGUCGCCGGCAGCUGUAACAUUGUUACCGGAAAGAGGGUCUCUCUCAGGUUUAGCCAGGCGGGGAAAGGGAAAAAUAGAGCAAGGGAGCUUGUGAACAGUUUUGUUUCACUGGAGACUGGGACGCCUGUCUGUCGGUCCCUGUACGAGGCAGUUCAGUUUCCGCGAGGCAGUCUUGUAUGAUGGACACUGCGUUGUAGAUGGUGCAGAAAGACUGCAACUCGUUGCAUCAUGUGCCUUAUGGAAUUUAGCCACAAUUUGGUCGUCUGUUUUUUUCAGUUUAAGGCUCAUUGUUCACGUGAAUGAAAGUAGCAUUACAACCGAUGCAGGUAGCUGCUAUUUCUUAUUUACAUAUCUGGUGUGGUAUUCAUCUACUUCUUUCUCAGCGACAUAUUUGGAUUAAAAAAAAAGAAUGAUGUGCAGUUUAAGCUUAACGAUGAUUACAGAGGGUAACAACGACAUUUUACAGUUUUACAGUGGCAUUGUUACAAAUAUAUGUCUCACAUUCAGACUCUGAGUUCUGUUUAUUUAUCCUCUAAAAGAAAUUAUUAUAACAAAAUACUCAUUAGAGAACUGAAUGUUAUAGGCUUAGUUUAUUUUUCCAAGUAUACUAUGUUUUUCGGUUUUGACAGUUGCUAGUGAUGCACAAUAUUGCGGGGGGAAAAAAGUUGGCAGGUGAUAAAUUUGUCUCCAAAUGAAAAAAAAAUAAGAGAGAAAAAUAAAAAGGAGUAGAAAGAUAAAAGACGUCAUAAGGGUAUCGUUUUCACUGCUUUGUUUUUGGUUUUGUUUAGACAUCCAGUAUUUUGAUUGUACGUUAUGUCAGAAAAAUUGAAACACAUAGCUUCUCAUUCAAGGAAUGAAAACACCUUAUUCGAUGGAACCUGACCAGCUGAAACGUUGACAAACAAGUGCGCGGUGAUGAUGAUGUCCUUCACAGGUCGCCAUAUCAGUGCCCGUCGGUGCCGUUGUGGAAUGGACGUCAAAACAUCAGUUGCAGGAGUUCUCUGGCUUCUCAAAACUACCUUAAGUAAACGGGUAAAUCAAGUUCAGUCAGUCUAAUCAGCAGGACUCAAAAAAAAAAAGGCUAGAGGCAGACGAGGCUAGAGAGUUACACGUGUUUAUUUUGACGUUUAUUGACCCACGCCGGUGAGCGCUUGUGACAAAAUCAAGACCUGUUACAUAGUCCUAUGGCGACUGAGUUUUGUGAUGAUUCGGUUAUCAGCUUUCUUAGACUGCUGUGUCAUAAGCUCGCCAAAUCCAUUUUUCAAAGGGCAGCGAUUCUUUGAAAUCUAGUCAUAGCUGUGUGAGAAAUUUCAUUGACUUUGGCUGCUCACGAACUGCACAAAUCACUGGCUUUAGUGUGUUCUAAGGUCUGUAUACUUGACAGUAGUUUUCCAGCGAUUACGAGUGCACACCUGAACGUGCAUUCCCAGGUCUACCUGUUAAAAUACAAGAAUAUGAAGAUUGGUGGCUUUGAGGCAAACUGCCUAAUUAUAGUAUUUCUUGGUCGGAUGCAAUGGAGGCUUACAAGAGGCGCGCUGCUAGAAAGACAGAAUAAUCAAAGAUCACCAUAUUUUUUGAAAAUUUGAUUCUACUUCUGCUAUUCCUUACUUCAGAAAAGUGUGAUGAGAACUUUUUAGAGGCAAGACCGAAUGCAAGAUUUAACAUUCUCCCAUUCAUGAGAGAGAAAAGCCGCUAACGAUAGGGAAAUAUAGCUGAGACACCUUUUAUCCAAGAAGAGGUUAGACGCAGCAGCAACAGUCCCCAGAUAUGGAGAACUCGUAUUAUCAGUCUGCUGCAUUCCACCCGUACGCGCAGGCGUGCUAUGUGCCUGGGGUGUGGUACAGCGGCUAUCCAUGUCCUUCCGUCACCCGACAGUUCGAGGCCGACUUCCACCCGGCACAGCUGACGGCAUGCCAGUCCACCCCGUGCUCGCAGUACCACCCGCAGCUAACAGAGUUCUCGUACACAUACAAAAGCACGGGGGUGCAGUUUCCUCUACCCGGGGUGGUCAAGCCUGUGGUGACCGGCCACCCACUGGCGUACACCAACCCCUCUACCAUGGAUCGCAAGCGGAAGAGAAGUUCCACUUCAAUCGAUGGCUUCGAGAGCUGUGAGGAUGACGAUGACCUGCAGGCUUCCACCCCUCAAGAUCCCAACGACCCGGAGUGUCGGCGACAUCAGAGACAGAACCACAGUGAGAUUGAAAAGAGGCGGCGGGACAAGAUGAACUCCUACAUCACCGAGCUGUCAGCUAUGAUCCCGAUGUGCAGCGCCAUGAACCGGAAGUUGGACAAACUCACCGUCCUACGAAUGGCUGUGCAGCACAUGAAGUCGGUUCGAGGCUCAAGUAAGAUGUAUUCUGAGGUCAGCCACAAACCUUCUUUCAUUUCCGAUGACGAGCUUAAACAUCUCAUCCUGAAUGUCGCUGAAGGCUUCCUUUUUGUUGUGGGAUGUGACAGGGGCAGAAUACUCUACGUCUCGGAGUCUGUCAAGGACACGUUGCAGUACUCACAGUCAGAUUUAAUUGGGCAGAGUUUAUUUGACAUUCUGCAUCCCAGAGAUAUCUCCAAAGUGAAGGAACAGCUGUCAUCUUCAGACUUGACACCAAGGGAACGCCUCAUUGAUGCCAAAACCAUGAUGCCAGUCAAGACUGAGCUGCCUCAGAAACAGACACAACUUUGCUCAGGGGCACGGAGAUCAUUCUUCUGUAGGAUGAAGUGCAGUAGUAAGGUUCCACCUGACAUGAACGCUCAGCCAGUCAAGGUCAAGAAGGAGCCAGUGGAAACACAUUAUCAUCGAAAGCGGCGCUCAGAAUCCAAGAACUUCAUGGUGAUUCAUUGUACAGGCUAUUUAAAGUCAUGGUCAACAGCAAAGAUAGGACUGGAAGACGACAGUGAAACUGACAGUGACAGUUGCAGCCUCAGCUGCCUUGUGGCCGUUGGCCGUGUACAGAAUGGUGUUAACCCUUUUCCUGCUGAAGAAAGUGGACAUAUCAAAGUGCGACCAAUGGAAUACAUGUCACGGCAUAGUAUAGAUGGCAAAUUCUCUUAUAUUGAUGAACGAGCUACUGUGAUCCUGGGAUACCUACCUCAAGAACUCUUGGGUACAUCUGUCUAUGAGUAUUAUCACCAAGAUGAUAUUCCAGCUAUGGGUAAUGUACACCGAAAAGUGCUGUCUUCAAAAGAAAAAGUGGAAACUGAAGUAUACAGAUUUAAAGUGAAAGAUGGCAAGUUUUUACACCUCAAGUCUAAGUGCUUUGGUUUCCGGAAUCCUUGGACAAAAGAAGUUGAAUAUAUUGUCUCCACCAACUCAGUUGUGCAGGUUCAAGAGGUCACUAGCUCAGGGCAACUGGAGGCAUCAGUAACGAUAGCUGAUGAGGAAGACUAUGCACCAAUUGACAUAAUGGGAGAGAGUUCACAAGGUUCCAAGAGUGUCUUCAUUCCAGGCCUGCUAGGAGGAACACGGCCAGGUGCGGGUCGGAUUGGCAAGCACAUAGCUGAGGAGUGCAUGGAGCAGCUUAAUAAAACACCGCUAGGCUCAGCCGAUAGCAGUGACAUUAUACCUUCCUCUAUUCAGCCCCGGCAAGGCACAUCCAAAGCAACAGCAACAGCCACAUCAUCUUCAUUCUCAAACCCGACAGCAUCAGGGUCUGGAAGCUCCAGUGCUAAUCGCAGGGAUUCUUCACGGCAAGUGGCCACCUCCCACAAUGGUAUCAACGUAAGGUUGUCCUCUCAAGCAGAUUCAAAUGAGGGGACAUCACUGUUGGAGCACGUGAUGCAAGAGCAGACAAUGGAUAGCCUUCAGAAUCCAGGGAAUGAUAGCAAUGACGAGGCAGCACUGGCCUUCCUUAUGAGUUUGUUGGAGGCCGAUGCUGGACUAGGUGGACCUGUGGACUUUAAUGACCUGCCAUGGCCAUUAUGAUACCAUGCCAACAGGACUAGGUCAUGUUGGGUAUUUUUAUGUGUCAGUGUUGCUCAGGUGUCAUUCCACUUGUACAGCAUUUCUGUGGAAAGCUUGAUGAUGGAUGGGCUAUGCUGUUUGCUCACAAGUGAAAUAGAAACUGAACAAUCUCACAGUAAAGGUUAAUUGGCAGCCUGGAUUUGAAUAUAGAACCAUUGAGUGAGAAUAUUGUUGGCUUGGGCCAUAUGUGAGCAGCCAAGGAGUUUCUCAGUGGUUAACUCUGUGAUGAAAUGCCUGCUUGAAGACAGUUGCUGUGAUGCCUUGACUGCAAUGAAAAUGAGUGCAGCUGAUGUCUAUUUUUUUUAAAAUGGAAAAAAGAUUGAAUUGGGUUUCUGGCAGAUUGAGCAUAUUGGGGUCACAUUAAAAUUUAGAAGAGAGAAUUGCAUAUUGAAAUGAUGCUGUCAUGCUACAAAAAUGAGGAACAUUUAUUGGAGUGAUACAUUGGCAUGCAACAAUCUCACUGAAGAAAACUAGAUGAAUGGUAUUUUUUCUAAUUCCCUCCAUAGGCGAGUUUUGUUAUGAAAAUUUACAGAAUUAAGCAUGUGUUUGACAUUUCCUUUGCAUUUGUGCAAGAAAAAGAUAGCUGCACUUUGCUUUAUCUGGUGCAAGCAUUUGUGAGUGGCUUGUUCAGGCAGUACCAUGACAACAUAACAUGAAUCCAGUGUGUGCCACAUUGUAGCUGAGCAUGCGGUGAAAGAAGAGAAUUGUGACUGUCAGAGAGGUGAGUAAAUAAACCAUGUUAUUAUUUUUUGUAAAAAAUUGUACCUGUUGAGACUUGCCCGAUGAGCUUCUGAAAGCAAACAGUUUUGGUUAAAAGCAGUAGCACAGAUUUUUACUGCUGUCAUUUGUUGAAAUGAAAGUCUUUAUGUUGUCUGCAGAGACAAGCACAGUUGGGGGGAAAUGAUGGAAUAAAAGUUCCAUUCCAUAGUGCUGUGCCUUCAGCGUAAAACCUCUUCACUCAUAGUCCUCUACAGGUUAGCAGCACUGCAUGACAGCACACCAUGACUGCUCACCUCUUCGCUGAACAGACAGGAUGCUUGUCCUCCCUCCACCUGCUUAUUGUUCUGAUGCCUCUUGUCAUGGCUGCUUUGUGUAAGCGUGCCUUUAUGUGUUAUACCUAAGCCAGCAUUCUCCUGCGCCACUGUAAUAUAAAUAACAUUUGCCUGCCUUGUUUUACGCUAGGGUCCACUGGGCAGCAACAGCUGCAGCACCUGGGCUUUAGUUCUUCUUGUGGGAGAAAUGGAGAGAGAGUUAACUGUCUGCCUUAGGCACAAACAUGACUGUUGCUAUGCUGAAUAAAAAUAAUCAUGGAAUUAAAUGUUUUCAAGGCUAGAGUAAACAAUGUAAUGGCAAAUUGCGGGAGGGAUAGUUACAAUUCCACAGCUAUAUAUCUGUUAUUUAUUCCAGUUGUGUUAACUACUUGUUAUCACAGUCUUUCGCCCCGGUAACUUGAACAUGUAUAACCAAGGUCUGACUGGUUUUAAAAUAUUCGGUUUUGAUUGUUUCUGUACAGGAAUAUAUACAUCUGAAUUUUUUAUAUUAUUUAGGUGUUAAUCACCGUUCGUAGUGUUGGAGAUGAAAUAAAACUGUUUAAACCAUGAAACCAUAGGAAAAAUGCCCAUUGUUCUGCAAAAAAAAAGUUUUAUGUAUGUAUACAUUUGAUGUACUUGGUGACUUAAACCAUCUUUAGCAUUUCCUAGUGUAGCGGAUAGCAAAGAGCACAUCAGAAAUGUUUGCAGACUAGAAAAGCUGAACCAUGCAUGAUGAAAAGCAAACUAGACACGAAAGAAAAAAAAACUUUUAAGAGCCAGUAACAGUUCCUCUAUCAUGGUAACAUUUUCUUCCAACACUUUCCCUCAGCAAAAUCACCAUUAAUAAGAACUGCACAUCCUGUGUGUUUCUUAGCACUCUCCUGAUAACUCUUGAAUGCCUGUCUUUGUGUUACUUUUGUUUAGGGCUGAAGUCACAUUUCUCCUUUGUAUUUUACCAGUCUCAGCUUUCUCACAUUCCUUCUGAGAUAUUUUAUUUUUAUUACUCUUUCAUCUGCUCGUUUUUAUGAUGUCUUCAUGCUUCAGCAAUAUUCUACUUGCACCAUGCAGCCUUGUUUGUCGACUUGGUCUGUUUUAUUUCUUUCAUUCCUUCUCUGAAGUCUCCCUGGAGCUUUUUGCAUCAUAGCAGCAGAUGCGGUUUUCAAUUGUCUGAUUUCUUUUUAAGCUUUUGUAAUCUUGUUCAGUUGUAGAGUAUGUUAGAGAAUGAAGAGAAAAGAAAAUACAGAAUGCAAUCAGAUGAACAUGUUGGACUUUUUCUAUUCUUUCAUGGUAAAAUAAAUGAUAUUCCAUAGGCUUUUCUUUUAGUUCUUUUUUGUCAGUUUGAUUUCAUAGGUGUUGUUUCCCUCUAGUAGAGAAUGUCAGCUGUACAUCAUCAAGAUAGUGUUCCUUCCAUCAUUUCUUCCUCCACCCAGUGAUUUCCCCUUGCACUUCAGAUGCUGUGCGUAGCAGUGCAUAGCACAGUGAAAGAAAAGACUGUUGUGGGGGAUCUGUGCUUGAAAGCAUUACAGGUGCAGUAGUUAAAUAAAGUGAGGUUUACAUCUGUUUCCAAAAAAAGAAAUCUUUGUAACUG